AUGGCUUGUUCUGCGGCUCCAUCACAAGAUUCUCCAAGAUUAAUGCUGCCUUCCGGCAAACUUCUGGCACUGGAUGUGAUCCACGGCAGAGUAACUUAUUGCAGAGUAUCUCAAGAUUUUAGUAUAUAUAUCCAACCAUCUCUCACUGGCAAGUUUCGUCCGGCAGUCCAUAUUGACUUCUGCAAGACCUGCGGAGCAAAUGGCAGAAGAAAAGGCUCGUUAUCAGGGUUGAGUAUCAUGCGACCAAGUAAUUCAGCAGCCGCACAGUGCCAGUGCCUGACUGCAGACCCCAACAUUCCCAUAAUAGCCUGA